AUGCAGGCAGUCCGUCAGUGUUCAGUGUGUGUGAGCCGAGCCGGAGGACUUCUAAGAGGUCAGACUGACUUUUCCAACAGCAUUGUGUUCAGGACAAGAGCCGCAUGCAGCCGCUUCCUCAGAUGUGAAACAUGCUCUCUGGUUGUUCUCCAGCAGGUGGAAAACCUCUCUCAGGACUCUCUGAUCAGAAGAGCUGCCUCAGUGGUCACAGACAGUUCCAGCACUUUCCUCUCACAGACCACCUUGGCUCUCACCGAGGCUCUGGCAAACUACGCAAAGGCUGUGCACUCACGCAUUGCUUUCCAGAGACGAUACCUAGCCUCCCUGGGAAAACUGACUGCUGCAGAGGAGGACAUGCUGCUGCAGGUGGUCCACGGCUGGAGGGCAGAGGCUAUUAACAGGCUGGAUGACUGUAAACGUUAUGAAUCGACGUGGAUCACUGCUGUCAACCUGUGUAAAAAUGCAGCCGAGUCGGCAGAAAACUCAGGAGCUCAGCAGGCGUCCCUCUCAAUGAGGACCAGCAUUCAGGUGGCCCAGUCUCAGGUGGAGGAAGCCCGGAAACUCUCAGCCGACGCAGACAAGAAGCUGGCCGAGACCAAAGUGGAGGAGAUCCAGAGGAAGGCGGAAUAUGCAGCUUUUAACAGCGAGGAGUUUGAGAUCCACGAGGCUUAUCUCCGAGAAGACUGA